AUGGCAAAUAUGUUGACCAGUCGUAAGCGUUUAGUAGAAGAUGAUGAUGAAGAAAUGUUUUUCAAGCGCCGAAGAUUACAUAAUCCAACCGAUGUUGAGAGCCGACUUAGAAGACUGUUGGCGACUGUAUGUGAUGUUGCGGCUCCUUCACUUGAAUCAAAUAUGGAACGUCUAGCGCAGAUGCUGGAAGCAGUCCUCGAGAAAUUAAGAGUGAAAUUCGAAACAAGCAAUUACAGUCACGCUCUUCGUUUGAUAAUCUUCCUGGCAAAUAUCGUCAAUAGUCGUGUGCUGAGUGUUGACUCGUUCUUUCGAUAUUUAGAAGCAAUUAUGGAAACGGCACUUGAAGACGACAUCCCACAGGUGCGAAGUGAUUGGUUCAUCUACGUAGUAUUACGAUGUUUGCCGUAUGUUGGACAUGAAUUAUAUGAAAGUGAUAAAGAGGCUUUGAACAAUAUUCUAGAGCAAAUUGGCGAGUACAUUGCUCACAGAAAUAAGCAAUACGUUAAGUUACUACAAGUUUGGAGUGGAUCUCCGCAUGAACAAGAGGAAUAUUUGGAUUGUUUAUGGGCACAAAUUUCAAAGUUACGAGAUGAUGAAUGGAAAGAAAAGCAUAUCGUACAUUAUUAUGUGGCAUUUGAUGGUACUUUAGCAGGUGCACUCCAGCAUAAUAUUAGCAGUUUUUCUGCUCCACCGCAUACACCUGAAAGCGUUUAUCCAUUACCAACUGUUGUAUUCCGUUUGUUCGACUAUGCGGAUUGCCCAGAAGAGGGUCCUUUGUUGCCUGGAGCGCAUUCGAUUGAACGUUUCUUGAUUGAAGAAGAUCUUAGUUGGAUCAUUGAAGAGAACAUAUGGAAUAGGAAAGAAUGUGCUACUGAGUUGCUUGAUUAUCAAAAACGGCAUACGGUACCGAUCAAUUACAUGGCUCUUGAAGUGAUCUUUUCGCAACUUUUCCGUCUUCCACAGCCACCAACAAGACCACUUUUCUAUGGAAGUCUUCUGAUCGAAUUGUGUAAAAUUCAGCCAACAAGCAUGCCUCAGGUGAUUGCUCAGGCAACCGAACUGCUUUAUCAGCGUAUCGAUACAAUGCAUUUCUCUGCAGUUGAUCAGUAUGUUUUCAUAGCCGUUAUCGUAUUCUGUUGCCUGUUUUAUUAUGUUUUGAAAUUCCUCUGUUAUCACAUGUCAAAUUUUGAGUACCGUUGGUCAUGGUCGGAAUGGAGCGAUUGCCUUGAGUUGGAUACGCUAUCCGCCAAAUAUUUUUUCAUACGUGAGGCGCUACAAAAAUGUAUGUGUCUUGCAUACCAUCAGCGCAUUGAAAAUUGUCUUCCAGAAUCGUUUCGUCGUAUUAUGCCAACAAAACCAUACAUCACUUAUGACAUUGAAAAUGAAGAUACACCAGUUGGACGAUUGGCAAUUCAUUUGAAUGAAGCGAUUCGAAACAAAAUAACGAAUGAAGAAUUAACGGAGAUAUUUUCGGAUUUAGAUGUUUGGAGUGUUUCUGAAGAAGAGGCAUUGAGCACUUGUGUUGCCGUUCUUCUGAACCUUUCACAAAAAACUAUCAGUCAUUCGUUUGCUGCGCUUACGAGGUACUUCAAAACGUUUAAACAAUAUGCAGCAAGUGAAGAGUCUCAAUUGAUAAUUUUGAAAGCACUUUAUAUGGUUUGGAAGCACAAUCAGCAGAUGAUGAGUGUGGUUGCAAAUAAAAUGGUUACAAUGACAAUCAUUGAUGCAAGUACUAUUGUCGCAUGGAUUUUUAGCGAUGAAAUGAAGUCGGAAUUCGAAAGGAUGUGGACAUGGGAAUUACUGUGUGGUUCAGUGGAGCAUGUGAUUGGACAUUUGCGGAGAUGUCGUAAGAAACUGGAGAAUGCUCAAAGAAAAAGCGCAGGCAAAAAUAAGUCAUCGCAUCAAAACUCGGAGAAUAUGGACACUGAUAAGAUUGAUAAUGAUGAUGCAAGUAAAGAUGAGGAGGAAUUUGAUGAUGAUGAACAGAACGAUGAAGACUUAGGGUCAUUGGAGAGUGAGUUCGAAGAUUUACGUGAAUACCUUCAGAACCUAUUACUUGACGUCCUGCAUAAGUUCACUGUAAAACUAACUGAACACAUCGUAAACUGCGACACUAAAGGAGAGGAUGUGAACACAAGUUGGUACAAAUACUUCACCGCUCGAUUUAGGGGAUUUUUCUUGAAGCACUGGAAGGAACUGUUUGAAUUCAGUGAAACAAUCGAGAAAGAACUCUUCAAAGCUCAUACGAUUGAUGCGCAAGUAAUGGAAAGUUAUACAAUGUUCAUUUCAUUGAAAAGCUAA